CCGGAGUUAACAGUGUGUUGGGUGAGGCACAACAUGUGGUCCAUCAAGUGUUGUUACAGCGAGGCUACGUCUUUAGGGUCCUUUAGCUUAAAUGGCAGCAGAAUUUGUUUUUCUUAGGCUGCCACACAUUAAGUACUAACUCUACUAACCUAUUGCUCGGACAGAAAGCGUGCAGUCAUAAAAAGCAAAAUUAUUCAAGAAGUACUUUCAGGUUUGUACCAAGGGGAGGCUGUUUGGCAUCCUCCUCUCCAGCAAGAUUAUUUGAUAGUGGAAGUAUACACAUUCAGUUUUGAGAAAAGUGUGAGUCUUGAAGGUGUGAUUGAAAAUGGGUGCCAUUGAAGAAGAUGCGGUAGCAGAGGGCUCAGCUCAUAACCGUACUGUUAGCUCGCAGCCUAAUGAUCUCAUCCCUUCUGUGAACAUCGUCUCCACCUCUGCUACAGCUAUUAAUAAUGUUGUUUCAGUCUCUACAGACAGAACUCUGACUCUUUCUGCUCCAGUUAAUACAGAACAAGUUUGUACCACCAUACCUCUACAACCAUCUACCACCUCUGUAGAAACAAACCCUGCAGGUACAAGUAACACAGAUUCAGUCCUUGUUACUAUGAACCCAGCCACAGACAUGAAUACAACCUCAAGUACCACAGACACAACCCCAGCUAGCACUGGGUCAUUUUCAACCACCUCAAACAUAAUGACGUCCACAACCAGGGAAACAUUAUCCAUUGCAGACACAUUCAAAACUACCAAUGACAGAAAACCAGUCUUUACAGGAGUACCAGUUACAAUUUCAGCUAGUACAGGUACAAACUUGACCAUUACAGACUUGAUCCUAAGAGCCAUAAGCAAAGCUUCAGAAACCAAAGACAGAGGACCAACAUCUACAGACACAGCUUCAUCCACUGUAAACACAGCUCUAACAAUUAUAAAUACUUCUCCAAUGCUGGUAACCACAGGCGAAGCCUCAAUACUCAAAGAUGCCCCCCCAACAAUAAUAUCAGAUACUUUUACAAACAUAACAGAUGUAACUCCAACCAAGAUGGGUACAACUCCAGCAAUAACAAUUGUUACUAGUUCAUCACCAUCACCUACCAAUUAUACUCCAAUGGAACAAGAUGAAGCCUUAGAGCAUACUACGACUCCUGGGAAUUCUGGAGAGAGAGAAGGAAACACAUCCACCUGCAAUGCUCUGUCGCUUUUAACAAGCUAUGGAAUAUCUGACAGCGAAGAGGAUAAUGGAAUGGAGGACAGUGUACCCAACAGCAGCAGGAAUGAUCACAGUGAAGCUAUGAUGGCCAAUGAAGUUCCAGAAAAUGGUGCUGUACAUGUAUCCCCUAAACACCAAGAUAACAGUACAAGUCCAGUGUCUUGUCAGUUGCCAAGUGGAAAUGGUAAUCAAUGUGGUGUACCAGCAGUUUUGGGACAGAAUUUAAGUAAUGGAAUUGUUACUGGUGAGGCUACAGAACUUGAUGUCAUCAUGACAGGUAGCUAUAGACAUUUAAUUGAUGUUGGAAGUGAUGACUCGGAGAGUGACUCUGAAUCAUCUUCUUCGUCAAAAUAUGAAAGUUCCUCAGAUGAAAGUGAAGCAAGCUCCUCAUCUUCCUGUCGGGUAGAAAUUGUUUCACAAAAUGAAAAGCACCAAGGGGAGGCACAGAAGAAGCCCUCAUCUAGGAGAGACCUUCUACUUACACCAGGAGAAAUGCUCCUUGAGGAUCUCCCACCCAUUGAAGACUUGAAAAUAUCUGUACCAGAGGAAAAGGCUACUCCCAUAGGCAAAGUAUUUAACAUUGUGGCGCAACAAGUUGUGGUUGCAGCCUUCCCCAACAUCCCAGCCAUUGACUUGGACUCUGUACUAUUCUUGGAUCAGGGCAAGAGAGUGCUGGGGCAAGUAUUUGAUGUGUUUGGUCCUGUGCAGGAACCUUUCUACGUGGUGCGCUUCAAUUCUACUGAGCACGUACAUGGCUAUAAAGUUGAAUUGGGAGACCAAGUGUAUUUUGCCCCCAGCACAGAACACACCAGUUUUGUUGUUAUCAGUGAUCUUAUGAAGAUCAGGGGCAGUGAUGCCUCUGGGUUAACGGGUAAUGAACUGCCACCAAGUGAAUGCCAAGAUUUCUCAGAUGAUGAGGAAGAGGCAAGGGCAUUAAAGGACAAGAUGCAAAACAAGGUACCUUCUUCGAGUGAAUUCCAGCCUCAAAGGAAACGUAGUCGAGGGCAAGUUCAAGGUCCUGGUUGUGGGCAUAGCCGCCCUGAAACUCGGAGAGAAAAUGGUAAUCUUAAUUCGUUUGGUGGGCGUGGAAUGGUGCCAAGAACUCCCAACUGGUUUGGUCGCCCUCACAUGAUGCAGUCAAGAUUUAGGCCACGUGGACCUCCACCUUUCCCCAUGGGUCCUCCAGGUUUCAUACAAGGUCCUUCCAUGGCAUGUCCACCAAAUGUUCAAGGGCUUCCAAGGAUGCAACAGAAUCCGGGAGUGUAUGAACCAAGGCCUUUUUCCAACUUCCACGGUCAGAUGGAAAUGGCAGGUAACCAAGACAUGGCUCCGAUUCCUCAUGAAAGCGACAGGUAUCACAAUGGUCCUCCUCCUCCUAGCACAGUUUCUUGGCCCCAGCCACCACACAUGCAGUUUGGUAGAUCUCCACAAUUCAUGAGUCCUAGAGGAUACUUGCCACCCCCUUCUGGUCUGCCAGAUCUCCCAUGUCUCCCUCCUUCCCCAGUAGCAAAUUCAUUUGGGCAAGGAGGCCCAGACAGCUCUUUUGGUGAAUUAAUGCAAUCUUCCCAGCAUCCUUCACCUUCAGGAAUUGAUUCUGUGAGUAAUGGAGGGAGUGAAUGGUUCCAACAAUCUGCAGCAACGCCUCACAUGAUACCUACUUCAGGACAAUAUGCACCACCAGUCUCAGCACACAGGAUGCUACCACCCCCUCCAGCAAACAGUAUGAUACCACCACCACCACCACCUCACUGUAUGCCACUGCCUUCGCACAAUAUGCUGCCACCACCUCCUCCUCCACACAAUGCCCCACCACCACCUCCUCCACACAAUAUCCCACCACCACCUCCACACAGCAUGCCACCACCACCACCCCUAUCACCUUAUACAUAUCACCCACCUCCAGUUCAUAUGCCAUUUGAUCCCACCCAAGCCCCACCUCCAAUGCCUCCAUCAAGUUAUUAACUGAAUGAACAAAUUGUUUAGUUAUAAGCAUGAGCAAUAAUGUUAGAUUCAAGGGGAUGCACAGUACAAUACAGUACAGUACUUCUCUAUCAGUUCAUCCCCUUAGGAAAAAAAAUUGCUCCGUUGAAAUGUACCUCCAAGUAGACAAAACUGGACAUAAUAAAUUUAAGAUUUAGAAAUGCAAUAUAUGUACAAGACCAUUCAAAAAAAUGUGUGUACCUAUAGAAAGUAUAUACAAUAAUUCUUUUGCUGAGGUUGACAUCAACUCUUCCAUUUCUUGUUUCCUGUCUCCCUUGCCCCUCCAAAGAAGAAUUAUGACUUCUCAAAAAAGAUUUGGAUCUGCUGCUAAUGUAGAUGAGAACAUUUUGAUAAUGUAAAUCUCGUUUUGUCCCUGAAUGUGUAUGAAAUAGAAGAUGAAACAGGAUAUAUAAUUCUUUUAUAUGCCAUCUUGAUAAAAACUUUAAAACAUAUACAGUAUUUAGAUUGGUAAGGUGACUGCAGAUAAUUUUAUACCAAUAAUUCUGCAUAUCUUAAGAAAGUACAGUACAGUACGAGCUAUUUGGCCGAGUGCUGUGUGAUAAGCCAGUUAUAGACUUGACCAGUGAUACUUCUUCCUGGAUAACACAAGACAGUGCUAAGGAAGUUCGUACGCUUAUAGUGCAGGAAUAUUUUGCAAAUACCUGUAAAAUUAUGAGUGUACUAAAUGUUAUUCUGUGAGAAGUGUAAAUGACAUGACUAAGGCACUUGCUUCACUCAUUCUGGCAUCUAUCCACUCCAGAGUAGAUAUAACCAAAUCUUUGUCCAGCAGUAAUGUUACUUAUGCUAUGUAAAAAAAAUUUCUGAUGACAAGCUUGUCUUGGGUUUAAAAAUAAAUCCUUAAUUAAAGAUGU